AUGGAUCCUGAACGCAAAAUACCUUAUCCAUAUCAAAUAGUUCCUUACUGUAUACGGUUCUUUGGUUUAUCAUCCAAUCUAUUGGUCAAUAACGAAAAACAUGUCAUUCAUGGAACAUCAAUUACAUUCGAAACAUUACGAAGAGAAAAUAUAACAAGUCAACAAUUAUAUUUAUUAUCUGCACCAAUUGAUGUUGUUGAACAAUAUCAAGCAUUUCUCGAAAGUUCACAUUCAUCUUUAUCAACACAAGUAUUUAGCAAUUGUUCAAAACCAUAG